CCUACGGCGGCCGCUGGGGGCCGGGAGCGCGGGGCGCGGCCGGCCGCGGGCCCCGGGGAGUGGCGGCGUCCCGGGGCCCGGCGAGGCGCGGCCGCGAUGCCCGUGCUGCCCAUCCCGCGCCGCGUGCGCUCCUUCCACGGGCCGCACUCCAGCUGCCUGCACGCCGCCUGCGGGCCCGCGCGCGCCUCGCGCCCCGCGCGCACCAAGUACCACAACUUCGACGUGUACGCGCGCGCGCGCUGGCUGCACGGCUUCAUCCGCUUCCUGCUCUACUUCAGCUGCAGCCUGUUCACCGCCGCGCUGUGCGGCGCGCUGGCCGCGCUUCUGGGCCUGCAGUACCUGGGCGUGCGCGCGCUGCUGCGCUUCCAGCUCAAGCUGUCGGCGCUGCUGCUGCUGCUCGGCCGCCGCCGCCUGGACUUCCGCCGCCUCAACGAGCUGCUGCUCUCCGCCAUGCACGUCACCGUGCUGCUGCUCGGCGGCCUGGGCUGGUGCUUCAUGGUCUUCCUGGACCUGUGAGGGGCGCGCGCCCGCAGCCCCCCAACC